CCCGCCCCAUUCUCCCUCCUUCCAUCACCCCGCCCCAUUCUCCUGCUUUCCAUCACCCCGCCCCAUUCUCCCGCUUUCCAUCACCCCGCCCCAUUCUCCCGCUUUCCAUCACCCCACCCCAUUCUCCCGCUUUCCAUCACCCCGCCCCAUUCUCCCGCUUUCCAUCACCCCGCCCCAUUCUUCCGCUUCCCAUCAUCCCGCCCCAUUCCCCCGCUUUCCAUCACCCCUCCCCAUUCUCCCUCCUUCCAUCACCCUACCCCAUUCUCUCGCUUUCCAUCACCCCGCCCCAUUCUCCCGCUUUCCAUCACGCCGCCCCAUUCUCCCGCUUUCCAUCACCCCGCCCCAUUCUCCCUCCUUCCAUCACCCCGCCCCAUUCUCCCGCUUUCCAUCACCCCGCCCCAUUCUCCUUUCUUCCAUCACCCCGCCCCAUUCUCCCUCAUUCCAUUACCCCGCCCCAUUCUCCCGCUUUCCAUCACCCCGCCCCAUUCUCCCGCUUCCCAUAACCCCACCCCAUUCUCCCGCUUUCCAUCACCCCGCCACAUUUUCCCACUUUCCAUCACCCCGCCCCCUUCUCUCUCCUUCCAUCACCCCGCCCCAUUCUCCCUCCUUCCAUCACCCCGCCCCAUUCUUCCGCUUUCCAUCACCCGCCCCAUUCUCCCGCUUUCCUUCACCUCGCCCAAUUCUCCCGCUUUCCAUCACCCCGCCCCAUUCAUUUGCUUUCCAUCAUCCCGCCCCAUUCUCCCGCUUUCCAUCACCCUGCCCCAUUCACCCGCUUUCCAUUACCCGCCCCAUUCUCCCGCUUUCCAUCACCCCGCCCCAUUCCCCAUUCUCCCGCUUUCCAUCACCCCGCCCCAUUCUCCCGCUUUCCAUCACCCCACCCCAUUCUCCCUCCUUACAUCACCCCGCCCCAUUCUCCCUCCUUCCAUCACCCCGCCCCAUUCUCCCGCUUUCCAUCACCCUGCCCCAUUCUCCCUCCUUCCAUCACCCCGCCCCAUUCUCCCUCCUUCCAUCACCCCGCCCCAUUCUCCCGCUUUCCAUCACCCCGCCCCAUUCUCCCGCUUCCCAUAACCCCACCCCAUUCUCCCGCUUUCCAUCACCCCGCCACAUUCUCCCGCUUUCUAUCACCCCGCCCCAUUCUCCCGCUUUCCAUCACCCCGCCCCAUUCUCCCGCUUUCCAUCACCCCGCCACAUUCUCCCACUUUCCAUCACCCCGCCCCGUUCUCCAGCUUUCCAUCGCCCCGCCCCAUUCUCCCGCUUUCCAUCACCCCGCCCCAUUCUCCCGCUUUCCAUCACCCCGCCCCAUUCUCCCUCUUUCCAUCACCCCACCCCAUUCUCCCGAUUUGCAUCACCCCGCCCCAUUCUCCCGAUUUGCAUCACCCCGCCCCAUUCUCCCGCCUUCCAUCAACCCGCCCCAUUCUCCCUCUUUCCAUCACCCCGCCCCAUUCUCCCGCUUUCCAUCACCCCGCCCCAUUCUCCCUCUUUCCAUCACACCGCCCCAUUCUCCCGCUUUCCAUCACACCACCCCAUUCUCCCGCUUUCCAUCACCUCGCCCCAUUUUCCCUCUUUCCAUCACCCCGCCCCAUUCUCCCGCUUUCCAUCACCCCGCCCCAUUCUCCCUCCUUCCAUCACCCCGCCCCAUUCUUCCGCUUCCCAUCAUCACGCCCAAUUCCCCCGCUUUCCAUCACCCCUCCCCAUUCUCCCUCCUUCCAUCACCCCGCCCCAUUCUCUCGCUUUCCAUCACCCCGCCCCAUUCUCCCGCUUUCCAUCACCCCGCCGCAUUUUCCCGCUUUCCAUCACUCCGCCCCAUUAUCCCUCUUUCCAUCACCCCGCCCCAUUCUCCCUCCUUCCAUCACCCCGCCCCAUUCUCCCGCUUUCCAUCACCUCGCCUCAUUCUCCCGCUUCCCAUAACCCCACCCCAUUCUCCCGCUUUCCAUCACCCCGCCACAUUCUCCCACUUUCCAUCACCCCGCCCCCUUCUCUCUCCUUCCAUCACCCCGCCCCAUUCUCCCUCCUUCCAUCACCCCGCCCCAUUCUCCCGCUUUCCAUCAGCCCGCCCCAUUCUCCCGCUUUCCAUCACCCCUCCCCUUUCUCCCGCUUUCCAUCUCCCGCCCCAUUCUCCCACUUUCCAUCACCCCGCCCCAUUCUUCCGCUUCCCAUCAUCUCGCCCCAUUCCCCCGCUUUCCAUCACCCCUCCCCGUUCUCCCUCCUUCCAUCACCCCGCCCCAUUCUCUCGCUUUCCAUCACCCCGCCCCAUUCUCCCGCUUUCCAUCACCCCGCCCCAUUCUCCCGCUUUCCAUCACCCCACCCCAUUCUCCCUCCUUCCAUCACCCCGCCCCAUUCUCCCUCCUUCCAUCACCCCGCCCCAUUCUCCCGCUUUCCAUCACCCCGCCCCAUUCUCCCUCCUUCCAUCACCCCGCCCCAUUCUCCCUCCUUCCAUCACCCCGCCCCAUUCUCCCGCUUUCCAUCACCCCGCCCCAUUCUCCCGCUUCCCAUAACCCCACCCCAUUCUCCCGCUUUCCAUCACCCCGCCACAUUCUCCCGCUUUCUAUCACCAUGCCCCAUUCUCCCUCCUUCCAUAACCCCGCCCCAUUCUCCCGAUUUCCAUCACCCCGCCCCAUUCUCCCGCUUUCCAUCACCCCGCCCCAUUCUCCCGCUUUCCAUCACCCCGCCCCAUUCUCCCGCUUUCCAUCUUCCCGCCCCAUUCUCCCUCCUUCCAUCACCCCGCCCCAUUCUUCCGCUUCCCAUCAUCCCGCCCCAUUCCCCCGCUUUCCAUCACCCCUCCCCAUUCUCCCUCCUUCCAUCACCCCGCCCCAUUCUCUCGCUUUCCAUCACCCCGCCCCAUUCUCCCUUUUUCCAUCACCCCGCCCCAUUUUCCCGCUUUCCAUCACUCCGCCCCAUUAUCCCUCCUUCCAUCACCCCGACCCAUUCUCCCUCCUUCCAUCACCCUGCCCCAUUCUCUCGCUUUCCAUCACCCCGCCUCAUUCUCCCGCUUCCCAUAACCCCACCCCAUUCUCCUGCUUUCCAUCACCCCGCCACAUUCUCCCACUUUCCAUCACCCCGCCCCCUUCUCUCUCCUUCCAUCACCCCGCCCCAUUCUCCCUCCUUCCAUCACCCCGCCCCAUUCUCCCGCUUUCCAUCAGCCCGCCCCAUUCUCCCGCUUUCCAUCACCCCUCCCCUUUCUCCUGCUUUCCAUCUCCCCGCCCCAUUCUCCCGCUUUCCAUCACCCCGCCCCAUUCUCCCGCUUUCCAUCACCCCGCCCCAUUCUUCCGCUUCCCAUCAUCUCGCCCCAUUCCCCCGCUUUCCAUCACCCCUCCCCAUUCUCCCUCCUUCCAUCACCCCGCCCCAUUCUCUCGCUUUCCAUCACCCCGCCCCAUUCUCCCGCUUUCCAUCACGCCGCCCCAUUCUCCCGCUUUCCAUCACCCCGCCCCAUUCUCCCUCCUUCCAUCACCCCGCCCCAUUCUCCCGCUUUCCAUCACCCCGCCCCAUUCUCCCUCCUUCCAUCACCCCGCCCCAUUCUCCCUCAUUCCAUCACCACGCCCCAUUCUCCCGCUUUCCAUCACCCCGCCCCAUUCUCCCGCUUCCCAUAACCCCUCCCCAUUCUCCCGCUUUCCAUCACCCCGCCACAUUUUCCCACUUUCCAUCACCCCGCCCCCUUCUCUCUCCUUCCAUCACCCCGCCCCAUUCUCCCUCCUUCCAUCACCCCGCCCCAUUCUCCCGCUUUCCAUCAGCCCGCCCCAUUCUCCCGCUUUCCAUCACCCCGCCCCUUUCUCCCGCUUUCCAUCUUCCCGCCCCAUUCUCCCGCUUUCCAUCACCCCGCCCCAUUCUCCCGCUUUCCAUCAGCCAGCCCCAUUCUUCCGCUUCCCAUCAUCCCGCCCCAUUCCACCGCUUUCCAUCACCCCUCCCCAUUCUCCCUCCUUCCAUCACCCCGCCCCAUUCUUCCGCUUUCCAUCACCCGCCCCAUUCUCCCGCUUUCCGUCACCUCGCCCCAUUCUCCCGCUUUCCAUCACCCCGCCCCAUUCUUUUGCUUUCCAUCACCCCGCCCCAUUCUCCCGCUUUCCAUCACCCUGCCCCAUUCACCCGCUUUCUACCAGCCCGCUCCCGCUCUCCAUCACCCCGCCCCAUUCUCCCGCUUUCCAUCACCCCGCUCCAUUCUCCCACUUUCCAUCACCCCGCCCCAUUCUCCCGCCUUCCAUCACCCCGGCCCAUUCUCCCGCUUUCCAUCACCCCGCCCUAUUCUCCCGCUUUCCAUCACCCCGCCCCAUUCUCCCGCUUUCCAUCACCCCGUCCCAUUCUCCCUCUUUUCAUCACCCCGCCCCAUUCUCCUUCUUUCCACCACCCCGCCCCAUUCUCCCGCUUUCCAUCACCCCGGCCCAUUCUCCCUAUUUCCAUCACCCCGCUCAAUUCUCCCACUUUCCAUCACCCCGCCCCAUUCUCCCGCUUUCCGUCACCCCGCCCCAUUCUCCCGCUUUCCAUCACCCCGCCCCAUUCUCCCUCUUUCCAUCACCCUGCGCCAGUCUCCCUCUUUCCAUCACCCCACCCAAUUCUCCCUCCUUCCAUCACCCCGCCCCAUUCUCCCGCUUUCCAUCACCCCGCCCCAUUCUCCCGCUUUCCGUCAUCCCGCCCCAUUCUCCCGCAUUCCACCACCCCGCCCCAUUCUCCCGCUUUCCAUCACCCCGCCCCAUUCUCCCUCCUUCCAUCAACCCGCCACAUUCUCCCGCUUUCCAUCAUCCCGCCCCAUUCUCCCUCCUUCCAUCACCCCGCCCCAUUCUUCCACCUUCCAUCACCCCGCCCCAUUCUCCCCCUUUCCAUCACUCCGCCCCAUUCUCCCUCCUUCCAUCUCCCCGCCCCAUUCUCCCUCCUUCCAUCACCCCGCCCCAUUCUCCCGCUUUCCAUCACCCCGCCCCAUUCUCCCGCUUCCCAUAACCUGACCCCAUUCUCCCCGCUUUCCAUCACCCCGCCACAUUCUCCCGCUUUCUAUCACCCCGCCCUAUUCUCCCUCCUUCCAUCACCCCGCCCCAUUCUCCCGCUUUCCAUCACCCCGCCCCAUUCUCCCGAUUUCCAUCACCCCGCCCCCCCGCCCCAUUCUCCCGCUUUCCAUCAUCCCGCCCCUUUCUCCUGCUUUCCAUCUCCCCGCCCGAUUCUCCCGCUUUCCAUCAUCCCGCCCCAUUCUCCCUCCUUCCAUCACCCCGCCCCAUUCUUCCGCUUUCCAUCACCCGCCCCAUUCUCCCGCUUUCCAUCACCUCGCCCCAUUCUCCCGCUUUCCAUCACCCCGCCCCAUUCUUCUGCUUUCCAUCACCCCGCCCCAUUCUCCCGCUUUCCAUCACCCCACCCCAUUCUCCCUCCUUCCAUCACCCUGCCCCAUUCUCCCUCCUUCCAUCACCCCGCCCCAUUCUCCCGCUUUCCAUCACCCCACCACAUUCUCCCGCUUUCUAUCACCCCGCCCCAUUCUCCCUCCUUCUAUCACCCCGCCCCAUUCUCCCGCUUUCCACCACCCUGCCCCAUUCUCCCGAUUUCCAUCACCCCGCCCCAUUCUCCCACUUUCCAUCAUCCCGCCCCAUUCUCCCUCCUUCCAUCACCCCGCCCCAUUCUCCCGCUUUCCAUCACUCCGCCCCAUUCUCCCUCCUUCCAUCACCCCGCCCCAUUCUCCCUCCUUCCAUCACCCCGCCCCAUUCUCCCGCUUUCCAUCACCCCGCCCCAAUCUCCUGCUUCCCAUAACCCCACCCCAUUCUCCCGCUUUCCAUCACCCCGCCACAUUCUCCCGCUUUCCAUCAUCCCGCCCCAUUCUCCCUCCUUCCAUCACCCCGCCCCAUUCUCCCGCUUUCCAUCACUCCGCCCCAUUCUCCCGCUUUCCAUCAGCCCGCCCCAUUCUCCCUCCUUCCAUCACCCCGCCCCAUUCUCCCGCUUUCCAUCACCCCGCCCCAUUCUCCCGCUUUCCAUCACCCCGCCCCAUUCUCCCGCUUUCCAUCACCCCGCCCCAUUCUCCCGCUUUCCAUCACCCCGCCCAUUCUCCCGCUUUCCAUCAACCCGCCCCAUUCUUCCGCUUCCCAUCAUCCCGCCCCAUUCCCCCGCUUUCCAUCACCCCUCCCCAUUCUCCCGCUUUCCAUCACCCCGCCACAUUUUCCCACUUUCCAUCACCCCGCCCCCUUCUCUCUCCUUCCAUCACCCCGCCCCAUUCUCCCUCCUUCCAUCACCCCGCCCCAUUCUUCCGCUUUCCAUCACCCGCCCCAUUCUCCCGCUUUCCUUCACCUCGCCCAAUUCUCCCGCUUUCCAUCACCCCGACCCAUUCUUUUGCUUUCCAUCAUCCCGCCCCAUUCUCCCGCUUUCCAUCACCCUGCCCCAUUCACCCGCUUUCCAUUACCCGCCCCAUUCUCCCGCUUUCCAUCACCCCGCCCCAUUGUCCCGCUUUCCAUCACCCCGCUCCAUUCUCCCGCUUUCCAUCACCCCGCCCCAUUCUCCCGCUUUCCAUCACCCCACCCCAUUCUCCCGCUUUCCAUCACUCCGACCGAUUCUCCCGCUUUCCAUCACCCCAACCCAUUCUCCCACUUUCCAUCACCCCGCCCCAUUCUCCCUCCUUCCAUCACCCCGCCUCAUUCUCCCUCCUUCCAUCACCCCGCCCCUUUCUCCCGCUUUCCAUCACCUCGCCCCAUUCUCCCGCUUUCCAUCACCCAGCCCCAUUAUCCCGCUUUCCAUCACCCCGCCCCAUUUUCCCGCUUUCCAUCACCCCGCCCCAUUCUCCCGCUUUCCAUCACCCUGCCCCAAUCUCCCGCUUUCCAUCACCCCGCCCCAUUCUCCCUCCUUCCAUCACCCCGCCCCAUUCUCCCGCUUUCCAUCACCCCGCCCCAUUCUCCUGCUUUCCAUCACCCAGCCCCAUUCUCCCGCUUUCCAUCACCCCGCCCCAUUCUCCCGCUUUCCAUCACCCCACCCCAUUCUCCCUCUUUACAUCACCCCGCCCCAUUCUCCCUCCUUCCAUCACCCCGCCCCAUUCUCCCGCUUUCCAUCACCCCGCCCCAUUCUCCCUCCUUCCAUCACCCCGCCCCAUUCUCCCUCCUUCCAUCACCCCGCCCCAUUCUCCCGCUUUCCAUCACCCCGCCCCAUUCUCCCGCUUCCCAUAACCCCACCCCAUUCUCCCGCUUUCCAUCACCCCGCCACAUUCUCCCGCUUUCUAUCACCCCGCCCCAUUCUCCCUCCUUCCAUCACCCCGCCCCAUUCUCCCGCUUUCCAUCACCCCGCCCCACCCGCCCCAUUCUCCCGCUUUCCAUCACCCCGCCCCAUUCUCCCGAUUUCCAUCACCCCGCCCCAAUCUCCUGCUUCCCAUAACCCCACCCCAUUCUCCCGCUUUCCAUCACCCCGCCACAUUCUCCCGCUUUCCAUCAUCCCGCCCCAUUCUCCCGCUUUCCAUCACCCCGCCCCAUUCUCCCGCUUUCCAUCACCCCGCCCCAUUCUCCCGCUUUCCAUCACCCCGCCCCAUUCUUCUGCUUUCCAUCACCCCGCCCCAUUCUCCCGCUUUCCAUCACCCCACCCCAUUCUCCCUCCUUCCAUCACCCUGCCCCAUUCUCCCUCCUUCCAUCACCCCGCCCCAUUCUCCCUCCUUCCAUCACCCCGCCCCAUUCUCCCGCUUUCCAUCACUCCGCCCCAUUCUCCCUCCUUCCAUCACCCCGCCCCAUACUCCCUCCUUCCAUCACCCCGCCCCAUUCUCCCGCUUUCCAUCACCCCGCCCCAAUCUCCUGCUUCCCAUAACCCCACCCCAUUCUCCCGCUUUCCAUCACCCCGCCACAUUCUCCCGCUUUCCAUCAUCCCGCCCCAUUCUCCCUCCUUCCAUCACCCCGCCCCAUUCUCCCGCUUUCCAUCACUCCGCCCCAUUCUCCCGCUUUCCAUCAGCCCGCCCCAUUCUCCCUCCUUCCAUCACCCCGCCCCAUUCUCCCGCUUUCCAUCACCCCGCCCCAUUCUCCCGCUUUCCAUCACCCCGCCCCAUUCUUCCGCUUCCCAUCAUCCCGCCCCAUUCCCCCGCUUUCCAUCACCCCUCCCCAUUCUCCCUCCUUCCAUCACCCUACCCCAUUCUCUCGCUUUCCAUCACCCCGCCCCAUUCUCCCGCUUUCCAUCACGCCGCCCCAUUCUCCCGCUUUCCAUCACCCCGCCCCAUUCUCCCUCCUUCCAUCACCCCGCCCCAUUCUCCCGCUUUCCAUCACCCCGCCCCAUUCUCCUUUCUUCCAUCACCCCGCCCCAUUCUCCCUCAUUCCAUUACCCCGCCCCAUUCUCCCGCUUUCCAUCACCCCGCCCCAUUCUCCCGCUUCCCAUAACCCCACCCCUUUCUCCCGCUUUCCAUCACCCCGCCACAUUUUCCCACUUUCCAUCACCCCGCCCCCUUCUCUCUCCUUCCAUCACCCCGCCCCAUUCUCCCUCCUUCCAUCACCCCGCCCCAUUCUUCCGCUUUCCAUCACCCGCCCCAUUCUCCCGCUUUCCUUCACCUCGCCCAAUUCUCCCGCUUUCCAUCACCCCGCCCCAUUCUUUUGCUUUCCAUCAUCCCGCCUCAUUCUCCCGCUUUCCAUCACCCUGCCCCAUUCACCCGCUUUCCAUUACCCGCCCCAUUGUCCCGCUUUCCAUCACCCCGCUCCAUUCUCCCGCUUUCCAUCACCCCGCCCCAUUCUCCCGCUUUCCAUCACCCCGCCCCAUUCUCCCGCUUUCCAUCACUCCGACCCAUUCUCCCGCUUUCCAUCACCCCAACCCAUUCUCCCACUUUCCAUCACCCCACCCCAUUCUCCCUCCUUCCAUCACCCCGCCUCAUUCUCCCUCCUUCCAUCACCCCGCCCCUUUCUCCCGCUUUCCAUCACCUCGCCCCAUUCUCCCGCUUUCCAUCACCCAGCCCCAUUCUCCCGCUUUCCAUCACCCCGCCCCAUUUUCCCGCUUUCCAUCACCCCGCCCCAUUCUCCCGCUUUCCAUCACCCUGCCCCAAUCUCCCGCUUUCCAUCACCCCGCCCCAUUCUCCCUCCUUCCAUCACCCCGCCCCAUUCUCCCGCUUUCCAUCACCCCGCCCCAUUCUCCUGCUUUCCAUCACCCAGCCCCAUUCUCCCGCUUUCCAUCACCCCGCCCCAUUCUCCCGCUUUCCAUCACCCCACCCCAUUCUCCCUCCUUACAUCACCCCGCCCCAUUCUCCCUCCUUCCAUCACCCCGCCCCAUUCUCCCGCUUUCCAUCACCCCGCCCCAUUCUCCCUCCUUCCAUCACCCCGCCCCAUUCUCCCUCCUUCCAUCACCCCGCCCCAUUCUCCCGCUUUCCAUCACCCCGCCCCAUUCUCCCGCUUCCCAUAACCCCACCCCAUUCUCCCGCUUUCCAUCACCCCGCCACAUUCUCCCGCUUUCUAUCACCCCGCCCCAUUCUCCCUCCUUCCAUCACCCCGCCCCAUUCUCCCGCUUUCCAUCACCCCGCCCCAUUCUCCCGCUUUCCAUCACCCCGCCCCAUUCUCCCUCCUUCCAUCACCCCGCCCCAUUCUCCCUCCUUCCAUCACCCCGCCCCAUUCUCCCGCUUUCCAUCACCCCGCCCCAUUCUCCCGCUUCCCAUAACCCCACCCCAUUCUCCCGCUUUCCAUCACCCCGCCACAUUCUCCCGCUUUCUAUCACCCCGCCCCAUUCUCCCUCCUUCCAUCACCCCGCCCCAUUCUCCCGCUUUCCAUCACCCCGCCCCAUUCUCCCGCUUUCCAUCACCCCGCCACAUUCUCCCACUUUCCAUCACCCCGCCCCCUUCUCUCUCCUUCCAUCACCCCGCCCCAUUCUCCCUCCUUCCAUCACCCCGCCCCAUUCUCCCGCUUUCCAUCAGCCUGCCCCAUUCUCCCGCUUUCCAUCACCCCGCCCCAUUCUCCCGCUUUCCAUCUCCCCGCCCCAUUCUUCCGCUUUCCAUCACCCCGCCCCAUUCUCCCGCUUUCCAUCACCCCGCCCCAUUCUUCCGCUUCCCAUCAUCCCGCCCCAUUCCCCCGCUUUCCAUCACCCCUCCCCAUUCUCCCUCCUUCCAUCACCCCGCCCCAUUCUCUUGCUUUCCAUCACCCCGCCCCAUUCUCCCGCUCCCCAUUCCCCCGCUUUCCAUCACCCCGCCCCAUUUUCCCGCUUUCCAUCACCCCGCCCCAUUCUCCCGCUUUCCAUCACCCUGCCCCAAUCUCCCACUUUCCAUCACCCCGCCCCAUUCUCCCUCCUUCCAUCACCCCGCCCCAUUCUCCCGCUUUCCAUCACCCCGCCCCAUUCUCCUGCUUUCCAUCACCCAGCCCCAUUCUCCCGCUUUCCAUCACCCCGCCCCAUUCUCCCGCUUUCCAUCACCCCACCCCAUUCUCCCUCCUUACAUCACCCCGCCCCAUUCUCCCUCCUUCCAUCACCCCGCCCCAUUCUCCCGCUUUCCAUCACCCCGCCCCAUUCUCCCUCCUUCCAUCACCCCGCCCCAUUCUCCCUCCUUCCAUCACCCCGCCCCAUUCUCCCGCUUUCCAUCACCCCGCCCCAUUCUCCCGCUUCCCAUAACCCCACCCCAUUCUCCCGCUUUCCAUCACCCCGCCACAUUCUCCCGCUUUCUAUCACCCCGCCCCAUUCUCCCUCCUUCCAUCACCUCGCCCUAUUCUCCCGCUUUCCAUCACCCCGCCCCUUUCUCCCGCUUUCCAUCACCCCGCCACAUUCUCCCACUUUCCAUCACCCCGCCCCCUUCUCUCUCCUUCCAUCACCCCGCCCCAUUCUCCCUCCUUCCAUCACCCCGCCCCAUUCUCCCGCUUUCCAUCAGCCCGCCCCAUUCUCCCGCUUUCCAUCACCCCGCCCCAUUCUCCCGCUUUCCAUCUCCCCGCCCCAUUCUCCCGCUUUCCAUCACCCCGCCCCAUUCUCCCGCUUUCCAUCACCCCGCCCCAUUCUUCCGCUUCCCAUCAUCCCGCCCCAUUCCCCCGCUUUCCAUCACCCCUCCCCAUUCUCCCUCCUUCCAUCACCCCGCCCCAUUCUCUUGCUUUCCAUCACCCCGCCCCAUUCUCCCGCUUUCCAUCACCCCGCCCCAUUCUCCCGCUUUCCAUCACCCCGCCUCAUUCUCCCUCCUUCCAUCACCCCGCCCCUUUCUCCCGCUUUCCAUCACCUCGCCCCAUUCUCCCGCUUUCCAUCACCCAGCCCCAUUCCCCCGCUUUCCAUCACCCCGCCCCAUUUUCCCGCUUUCCAUCACCCCGCCCCAUUCUCCCGCUUUCCAUCACCCUGCCCCAAUCUCCCGCUUUCCAUCACCCCGCCCCAUUCUCCCUCCUUCCAUCACCCCGCCCCAUUCUCCCGCUUUCCAUCACCCCGCCCCAUUCUCCUGCUUUCCAUCACCCAGCCCCAUUCCCCCGCUUUCCAUCACCCCGCCCCAAUCUCCCGCUUUCCAUCACCCCGCCCUAUUCUCCCGCUUUCCAUCACCCCGCCCCAUUCUCCCGCUUUCCAUCACCCCGCCCCAUUCUCCCGCUUUCCAUCACCCCGCCUCAUUCUCCCGCUUCCCAUCAUCCCGCCCCAUUCCCCCGCUUUCCAUCACCUCUCCCUCCUUCCAUCACCCCGCCCCAUUCUCCCGCUUUCCAUCACCCCGCCGCAUUCUCCCGCUUUCCAUCACCUCGCCCCAUUCUCCCGCUUUCUAUCACCCGCCCCAUUCUUCCGCUUUCCAUCACCCCGCCCCAUUCACCCGCUUUCCAUCACCCCACCCCAUUCUCCCGCUUUCAAUCACCCCGCCCCAUUCUCCCUCCUUCCAUCACCCCGCCCCAUUCUCCCUCCUUCCAUCACCCCACCUCAUUCUCCCUCCUUCCAUUACCCCGCCCCAUUAUCCCGCUUUCCAUCACCCCGCCCCAUUCUCCCGCUUUCCAUCACCCCACCCCAUUCUCCCGCUUUCCAUCACCCUGCCCCAUUCUCCCGCUUUCCAUCACCCUGCCCCGUUCUCCAGCUUUCCAUCACCCUGCCCCAUUCUCCCGCUUUCCAUCACCUUGCCCCAUUCUCCCGCUAUCCAUCACCUUGCCCCAUUCUCCCUCCUUCCAUCACCCCGCCCCAUUCUCCCGCCUUCCAUCACCCCGCCCAUUCUCCCUCCUUCCAUCACCCCGCCCCAUUCUCCCUCCUUCCAUUACCCCGCCCCGUUCUCCCGCUUUACAUCAGCCCGCCCCAUUCUUUCGCUUUCCAUCACCCCGCCCCAUUCUCCCGCUUUCCAUCACCCCGCCCCAUUCUCCCGCUUUCCAUCACCACGCCCCAUUCUCCCGCUUUCCAUCACCCCGCCCCAUUCUCCCGCUUUCCUUCAUCCCGCCCCAUUCUCCCGCUUUCCCUCACCCCGCCCCAUUCUCCAGCUUUCCAUCACCCCGCCCCAUUCUCCCGCUUACCAUCAACCCGCCCCAUUCUCCCGCUUUCUAUCAUCCGUCUCAUUCUCCCUCCUUCCGUCACCCCGCCCCAUUCUCCCUCCUUCCGUCACCCCGCCCCAUUCUCCCGCUUUCCAUCACCUCGCCCCAUUCUCCCGCUUUUUAUCACCCCGCCACAUUCUUUCCAUAACCGCGCCCCAUUCUCCCGCUUCCCAUCAACCCGCCCCAUUCUCCCGCUUUCUAUCACCUGUCCCCAUUCUCCCUCCUUCCAUCACCCCGCCCCAUUCUCCGGCUUCCCAUCACCCCGCCCCAUUCUCCCGCUUUCCAUCACCUCGCCCCAUUUUCCCGCUUUUUAUCACCCCGCCCCAUUCUCCCGCUUUCCAUCACCCCGCCUGAUUCUCCCUCCUUCCAUCACCCCACACCAUUCUCCCGCUUUCCAUCACCCCGCCCCAUUCUCCUGCUUUCCCCGCCCCAUUCUCCUGCUUUCCAUCACCCCUCCCCAUUCUCCCGCUUUCCAUCACCCCACCCCAUUCUCCCGCUUUCCAUCACCCCGCCCCAUUCUCCCUCCUUCCAUGACCCCGCCCCAUUCUCCCUCCUUCCAUCACCCCGCCCAAUUCUCCCGCUUUCCAUCACCCCGCCCAAUUCUCCCACUUUCCAUCACCCCGUCCCAUUCUCCCCCCCAUUCUCCCGCUUUCCAUCACCCCGCCCCAUUCUACCGCUUUCCAUCACCCUGCCGCAUUCUCCCUCCUUCCAUCCCCCGCCCCAUUCUCCCUCUUUCCAUCACCCCGCCCCAUUCUCCCGCUUUCCAUCACCCCGCCCCAUUCUACCGCUAUCCAUCACCCCGCCCCAUUCUCCCUCCUUCCAUCACCACGCCCCAUUCUCCCUCCUUCCAUCACCCCGCCCCAUUCUCCCUCCUUCCAUCACCCCGCCCCAUUCUCCCUCCUUCCAUCACCGUGCCCCAUUCUCCCGCUUUACAUCAGCCCGCCCCAUUCUCCCGCUUUCCAUCACCCCGCCCCAUUCUCCCGCUUUCCAUCACCCCGCCGCAUUCUCCCGAUUUCCAUCACCCGGCCCCAUUCACCCGCUUUCCAUCACCCCGCCCCAUUCUCCCACUUUCCAUCACCCCGCCCCAUUCUCCCGCUUUCCUUCACCCCGCCCCAUUCUCCCGGUUUCCAUCACCCUGCCCCAUUCUCCCGCCUUCCAUCACCCCGCCUCAUUCUCCCGCUUCCCAUCAUCCCGCCCCAUUCCCCCGCUUUCCAUCACCUCUCCCUCCUUCCAUCACCCCGCCCCAUUCUCCCGCUUUCUAUCACCCGUCCCCAUUCUCCCUCCUUCCAUCACCCCGCCCCAUUCUCCCGCUUUCCAUCACCCCGCCCCAUUCUCCCGCUUUCCAUUACCUCGCCCCAUUCUCCCGCUUUUUAUCACCCCGCCCCAUUCUCCCGCUUUCCAUCACCCCGCCCGAUUCUCCCUCCUUCCAUCACCACACACCAUUCUCCCGCUUUCCAUCACCCCGCCCCAUUCUCCUGCUUUCCAUCACCCCUCCCCAUUCUCCCGCUUUCCAUCACCCCGCCCCAUUCUCCCGCUUUCCAUCACCCCGCCCCAUUCUCCCGCUUUCCAUCACCCCGGCCCAUUCUCCCGCUUUCCCUCACCCCGCCCCAUUUUCCCUCUUUCCAUCACCCCGCCCCAUUCUCCCACUUUCCAUCACCCCGCCCCAUUCUCCCGCUUUCCAUCACCCCACCCCAUUCUCCCGCUUUCCAUCACCCUGCCCCAUUCUCCCGCUUUCCAUCACCCUGCCCCGUUCUCCAGCUUUCCAUCACCCUGCCCCAUUCUCCCGCUUUCCAUCACCUCGACCCAUUCUCCCGCUAUCCAUCACCCCGCCCCAUUCUCCCUCCUUCCAUCACCACGCCCCAUUCUCCCUCCUUCCAUCACCCCGCCCCAUUCUCCCUCCUUCCAUCACCCCGCCCCAUUCUCCCUCUUUACAUCAGCCCGCCCCAUUCUCCCGCUUUCCAUCACCCCGCCCCAUUCUCCCGCUUUCCAUCACCCCGCCCCAUUCUCCCGGUUUCCAUCACCCUGCCCCAUUCUCCCGCUUUCCAUCACCCCGCCUCAUUCUCCCGCUUCCCAUCAUCCCGCCCCGUUCCCCCGCUUUCCAUCACCUCUCCCUCCUUCCAUCACCCCGCCCCAUUCUCCCGCUUUCUAUCACCCGUCCCCAUUCUCCCUCCUUCCAUCACCCCGCCCCAUUCUCCCGCUUUCCAUCACCCCGCCCCAUUCUCCCGCUUUCCAUCACCUCGCCCCAUUCUCCCGCUUUUUAUCACCCCGCCCCAUUCUCCCGCUUUCCAUCACCCCGCCCGAUUCUCCCUCCUUCCAUCACCCCACACCAUUCUCCCGCUUUCCAUCACCCCGCCCCAUUCUCCUGCUUUCCAUCACCCCUCCCCAUUCUCCCGCUUUCCAUCAUCCCGCCCCAUUCUCCCGCUUUCCAUCACCCCGCCCCAUUCUCCCGCUUUCUAUCACCCGUCCCCAUUCUCCCUCCUUCCAUCACCCCGCCCCAUUCUCCCGCUUUCCAUCACCCCGCCCCAUUCUCCCGCUUUCCAUCACCUCGCCCCAUUCUCCCGCUUUUUAUCACCCCGCCCCAUUCUCCCGCUUUCCAUCACCCCGCCCGAUUCUCCCUCCUUCCAUCACCCCACACCAUUCUCCCGCUUUCCAUCACCCCUCCCCAUUCUCCCGCUUUCCAUCAUCCCGCCCCAUUCUCCCGCUUUCCAUCACCCCGCCCCAUUCUCCCGCUUUCCAUCACCCCGCCCCAUUCUCCGCUUUCCCUCACCCCGCCCCAUUCUCCUGCUUUCCAUCACCCCGCCCCAUUCUCCCGCUUCCCAUCAACCCGCCCCAUUCUCUCGCUUUCUAUCACCCGUCCCCAUUCUUCCUCCUUGCAUCACCCUGCCCCAUUCUCCCGCUUUCCAUCACCUUGCCCCAUUCUCCCACUUUUUAUCACCCCGCCCCAUGCUCCCGCUUUCCAUAACCCCGCCCCAUUCUCCCGCUUUCCAUCACCUCGCCCCAUUCUCCCGCUUUUUAUCACCCCGCCCCAUUCUCCCGCUUUCCAUCACCCCGCCCGAUUCUCCCUCCUUCCAUCACCCCACACCAUUCUCCCGCUUUCCAUCACCCCGCCCCAUUCUCCUGCUUUCCAUCACCCCUCCCCAUUCUCCCGCUUUCCAUCACCCCGCCCCAUUCUCCCGCUUUCCAUCACCCCGCCCCAUUCUCCCGCUUUCCAUCACCCCGGCCCAUUCUCCCGCUUUCCAUCACCCCGCCCCAUUCUCCCUCUUUCCAUCACCCCGCCCCAUUCUCCCGCUUUCCAUCACCCCGCGCCAUUUUCCCUCUUUCCAUCACCCCGCCCCAUUCUCCCGCUUUCCAUCACCCUGCCCCAUUCUCCCGCUUUCCAUCACCCCGCUCCAUUGUCCCGCUUUCCAUCACCCCGCCCCAUUCUCCCUCUUUCCAUCACCCCGCCCCAUUCUCCCUCUUUCCAUCACCCCGCCCCAUUCUCCCGCUUUCCAUCACCCUGCCCCAUUCUCCCUCUUUCCAUAACCCCGCCCCAUUCUCCCGCUUUCCAUCACCCCGCCCCAUUCUCCCUCUUUCCAUCACCCCGCCCCAUUCUCCCGCUUUCCAUCACCCCGCCCCAUUCUCCCUCUUUCCAUCACCCCACCCCAUUCUCCCGCUUUCCAUCACCCCGCCCCGUUCUCCCUCUUUCCAUCACCCCGCCCCAUUCUCCCGCCUUUCAUCACCCCGCCCCAUUCUCCCUCUUUCCAUCACCCCGCCCCAUUCUCCCGCCUUCUAUCACCCCGCCCCAUUCUCCCUCUUUCCAUCACCCCGCCCCAUUCUCACGCUUUCUAUCACCCUGCCCCAUUCUACCGCUUUCCAUCAUCCCGCUCCAUUGUCCCACUUUCUAUCACCCCGUUCAAUUCUCCCUCUUUCCAUCACCCCUCCCCAUUCUCCCUUUUUCCAUAACCCCGCCCCAUUCUCCCGCUUUCCAUCACCCCGCCCCAUUCUACCGCUUUCCAUCACCCUGCCGCAUUCUCCCUCCUUCCAUCCCCCGCCCCAUUCUCCCUCUUUCCAUCACCCCGCCCCAUUCUCCCUCUUUCCAUCACCCCGCCCCAUUCUCCCGCUUUCCAUCACCCCGCCCCAUUCUCCCUCUUUCCACAACCUCGCCCCAUUCUCCCGCUUUCCAUCACCCCGCCCCAUUCUCCCUCUUUCCAUCACCCCGCCCCAUUCUCCCUCUUUCCAUCACCCCGCCCCAUUCUCCCGCUUUCCAUCACCCCGCCCCAUUCUCCCUCUUUCCAUAA